AUGUCUCUGUACAAAAUACGGGUUGCCGACUUGGAGAACAUCUUGGAACAGGAUGAGAUCGAUCUGAAAGUGCUUCGUAGCUUCUGCUUCAAUGGCAUACCGGACUGCAACGGAUUUAGAGCGCUAUGUUGGAAGCUGCUGCUCGGAUACCUUAGUCCGAAAAAAUCCACAUGGCCAACGAAGCUAACGAAGCAGCGAGAGUUGUAUAAACAAUUUGUCAAGGAAAUGGUAAUAUCGCCCGGCGAACAGGAUGGGCCGGAGUGUAUUGAUCAUCCGUUAAGCGACGGUCCGGAAAGUAAUUGGAGCACAUUCUUCAGAGAUAAUGAAGUGCUGCUGCAGAUUGAUAAGGACGUACGAAGAUUAUGUCCAGAUAUAUCUUUCUUCCAGCAGCCGACCGAAUUCCCUUGCGAGUUUGUAAAGGAACGCGAACGCAAACUUCAUGUCCGGGUCGCACCGACAACGCUCAGUUCUGCCAAUGUCGAGCGAAAGGGUGUCGGUAUGACAAAGAUAAAUCUCAUCACAAAGCGAGCGACUGAGAGCUAUGAAGCGAUGGAUGCCGGCCAGGAAGCACACUGGGAGGUGGUAGAACGGAUACUGUUCCUGUACGCUAAGCUUAAUCCCGGCCAGGGUUAUGUGCAGGGUAUGAACGAGAUUAUCGGCCCCAUCUACUACGUGUUCGCUUCGGAUCCCCAUCUCGAGUAUCGCCGGUACGCUGAGGCUGACUGUUUCUUCUGCUUCACCGCAUUGAUGGGCGAAAUACGAGACUUUUUUAUCAAAACGCUCGACGAAUCGGAGGGCGGCAUUAAGGGUAUGAUGGCGAAGCUGUCCAACCUGCUGCACGAACAGGACACCGAAGUUUGGACACGGUUGCGGGAUCAGGAACUCUACCCGCAGUAUUACAGCUUCCGGUGGUUAACGUUGCUACUGUCGCAGGAAUUUCCUCUACCGGAUGUGUUACGCAUCUGGGACUCGGUGUUUGCCGACGACAAGCGGUACGAUUUCCUGAUCAAAAUCUGCUGCGCCAUGAUACUCUUACUAAGGGAACAGAUUUUAGAGAACGACUUCGCGAACAAUGUAAAGUUGUUGCAGAACUUUCCACUGAUGGACAUUAAUCUCGUGCUGCGGAAAGCAACCUGUCUCGAUUAG